AUGUUGGCUCGUCAAUUUUUGUUGGGGAUUGUUUCCUUCGUUUGUUUUGUCAAAAGCGAUCCAGAAAACAGCAAGAACUUGCCACCAACGCACGAACUCAAUAAGAAUUUCACAAUCAAUUAUCAAGAAGUUUUUCAAAGUAGUUCUCUGACUUGUGUUAAAACAGUAGAAGUAGUGAAGAAUAAUUCAAAGAAAGGUGAUCAGGUUGCUGUUUAUGCAUCUAUUGAGACGUUUCAUAGUACUGUUAAGAUUAUCGAAGAAACAGUUCAACAUGAAGAUUUUGAUCACAAAUCAGCUACUAUAUAUUCUGAACAUGUGGCAGAAGUGGUGGUCUCUUAUAGUAAAGUGGUGACUGCUUUAGUUGAACACCCUUCAAUCGAAAAAGGAUGUCAUGGUAAACUUAAAGAAGUGAAUAUUUCAGUUCAAAAAAUUAUAAACGCAUAUACUCAAGUAGGCGUAUGCGUUAAAAAAGUAGUAGAAAAGAAAGGUGGUGUAGACACCAUUACACUUUCUUCUUUGAAUUUAGAAUUGAAUUUUAUGGAUUUGGAAGUUGAAAAUGAAGAUGCAGAAUUUGAAGAGGACCCAAAUGAAAAGAAACAUUUGAAAGGAACUCAUACUCAUCAAGAUAAAGCAGGGGACAAAGAAUGA